AACUAAAAAAUCAUUGAUUAUGCCACAGAAUAACAGGUUUUGUUUUAAAUUUGUUUUUGUGGGUGGUUGGUAGCGAAAAAAGUUGGCACCACUGACUAUUUUUUGUGAUAGAUGUUGUGUUGUGCAUAAUUAUCGAUGAGCAUGGAGACGGUGGACAUCCAAGCCGUGGAGUCGAAGCUGAGCGACGUGACCGUGACGGCCAUCCCCAUGGCCCCCAAGACGCCCCAGCAGCCCGGGCAGUCGAAAUACGCGCAACUUUUGGGGGUGAUUGAAGAGAUGGGGCGCGAGGUGCGCCCCACGUACGCCGGGAGCAGGAGUUCGGCCGAACGGCUCAAACGGGGCAUCGUCCAUGCGCGGAUUUUAGUCCGCGAGUGUUUGAUUGAGACAGAAAGGAGUGCACGACAGUAAGAAGUUACCACCAAAAAGCCUCAAAUAUUCAGGUAUUCAAGUACAAAUCAGUCCGAUUUCCCCACCUGCUUGGCUCCAAAGUGUUACAGUUUUAGAGGUUUAUGCGACAAUGGGAUUGAGUGAUCUCGUUUCUUGGCUUUGUUUAAUACUUAAUAAAGUAGGUUUAUAUUGCUCAGGAGUAAAAUAGGGAACAUAUUUUUACAAGUUUUGUAUCCAAAUAAUUUUCGUUUAGACUCGCACAAUAAAACGUAUUUUUUUUA